AUGAUUUUUUCUACUAUAAAUAUAAAAAAAAUCGAAAAAUUAAUAUAUGGAUAUAUUGAUUAUGAAGGACAAACAAUCUCAGAAAUCCUUGCCAAUGUAAUUGUUAUAUUUUUUUCAAUAGCAGCAUACGUUACAGGUUUUCUUCGACAAAACUUAAUAAUUACACUUUUUAUAUUUAUAGUAGGGAUUAUAACAUCAAUUUUAGUAAUUGUUCCACCAUGGCCCAUUUAUAAUACACAUCCUAUUAAAUGGGUUAAAGCUUACAAAUCUCAAAAGAAAUCAUAA